AUGUUAACCCACGCAGCAGCACCUCAAGAUCGACGGCCCCUUGUCAUCUCCGGCCCUUCAGGCGCAGUUUCCCACACAACCCGACAACCACGCCCGGGUGAAACAGACGGUAUAUCCUACCACUUUGUUUCCGUCGAGACAUACAAGUCUCUCAAGACCAGCGGAGGUCUGCUAGAAGAUGCAAUGUAUACCAAUGACUUCUACGGAACGAGUAAAGCAGCACUCGAAGAAAUAUUCGACAGACAACUCAUCCCUAUUCUUGAUAUCGAGAUGAAUGGCGUGCAACAGGUGUAA